UGAUGUGACCAUCGUUCGCCCGAAUGGAGACAUCAAGGUUUACCAGUAUCCCUGGCACGUGUUUCCCCCUACCGAUGGGCACUCCGCGACGCUCAUUGGAAACGAGGUGUGGAUAAUUGGCUCGGUGGGAUACCAGGGCGCACGCGGCGACAAAGCGCAGGUUUGCGUUCUUGACCUGACCACCAUGGAAAUGUCAGGAAAGGUCACGAUCGGCGACGAUCCAGGCUGGAUCGCGGAUCACACGGUCAUUCGAGUAGAAGCGGAUGAAAUUGAGGUGCAUUAUGGCCCUCCCGGUCGUGCUCGUUCGACAGUACAACCCGGUAGCUGGAUAUUUCACAUGCGUGAGCUUCGGUGGGAAAGAGGAACUCAGCAGAAACUUGUUCCGGAAGAUACCAGCAUGGAUGAAGCGAGUUUCCGGGGGCUGCCGGAGAUUCUGGACUUUUGGAAGGCCAAAGGGAUGCCCUGUGUGUAUGGCACACAGGGAUGGUGCCAGUAUGAACGGGUUCGUUUCAGUGCUGGACUGGUGGAAGACGAGCGGGCUUGCCCUCAAAUUCACUGCACGUGCUAACGACGCUAGCCGUAACGGUCACAUCAAGGUCUUGGAUUGGUGGAAAAGCAGCAGCGGGCUCACCUGUAAAUGGAAACGACGCCAGCCAGAACGGUCAAGUGGAGGUGCUGGAGUGGUGGAAGCGCAGUGGGCUGACUUUUCGAUACAGCAACUUGAGCAACAUUGGGCGUCCUCCAAUGGGUGCAUCGCUGUGCUGGACUGGUGGCGUACCAGCCGUUUGCCGCUCAAAAUGGACUAUCCGGUGGACGAAGCUAGCAAACAGGGCAAUCUCGCAGUCCUUGAAUGGUUCAAGAACAGCGGGGAUCCGUUUUCCAUGGACCAACCGGUCCAGGACUGGGCCACGGGUUUUGGGUAUGUAGAAGUAUUGGAAUGGUGGAAAAAUAGCGGUCUGCCAUGUAAAUGGUCCAGGGACUGGCUGCGGCGGUGGCCUAGCGGGCUUCGCAUCGAUCCAGCAAAGAAUGCUGCAGUCAAAAAGUGGUGGACCGAAAACCGGCGAGAUCUGGAACUCAAGUGGGGGAAAGUGGUUCACGAUGCCCGAGGUCGUUGAAUCGGAGCUACAUAACAUCAUCCCUCCACUGUUGAGAUACAUUGCAAAUCGAAGUCGCGGGAUGCUGAGAUGUACUCGUCGAGGAGGACCGCUGCAAACUUGACGCGACCGACGAUCUUACGCAUCCGUUCUUCCGGACCGACGUGUUCCUGGUUGCAUUCGCCGAUACCAAGCUGUAGUGAGGAUUGCCUACAUAUACGCUGCUGCAGUUACCAAGUCGUCAGUCGCCACAACUAUCCGUAGCGCAGAUGUCGAGUCUUUUGGAGUAGAUGAAUCCAACAUGUCAGCGAGACAUGUCUCGCUAGGCUAGUGAGACAUGUCCCGGACAGUGUUCUCC